CCAGGUACUGGUACCUGGUACAUGGGAAAUCCCUUGAAAUGUGAGAGCAAACAAUUUACGGAUCCUGAAACUGCCAGAACUUGAUCCUAUUAAUAGGCCUGAUCAGGCUUGGCCACAGGGGGUAUGAUCCAAUAAUUAACAGUACUGGAACGGUGUUGGACGUUAGUACCAAAACGGUACUGAAGAAUAUUCAAGGAUUUAACAACUUCAACUCAAGUUCACGAAAUAAUUGUGUGACUGCACGACUGCACAGACUUUUUUCAGCCAAGCUGCGUGACUCGCCAAGCCUCAAGCCUUCAGGAUCCUACGACUGUACACCAUACAACUGAACAACUGCAGUACCCUCUAAAACGGCAGAAAACCGAGCCUCACCCAACCCUCAAUACAGGAAGGUUGCUGGGCAUUGGGCAAGUAUGGAACCUUCUGCAGCCGAAAUGGAUGAUGAGGAAGAGUUGAUGGAUAUAGUGGCUGCUAGAAGCCGGGGGGACAAUAGAGAGGCGGAGCUCAGAAAGCUGGAAAAGUUUGAAUUGGAAGCAAGACAGAGAAGUGAUGAGCAAUCAAAGGGAGAGGAAAUUGGGUUCCAGUUCCCGCAGCAUCAUCCCAGCACAACAGGGGACAUCUCCAUGGGAGAGGACAUCAAAGAAGAAGAAAAGGAAAAUGAUGUCAUUAUUUCGAAGCUAGUACAAGAUCAAAUAAAGAAUCAUCCUCAAGUUACCAGCGAAACUCCUUCAGCAGAAGCUGGUCUAGAGGACGAGCUUGCUCUCCCACAGCCAAGGUUGAGUUGUGUACAAAAUCAGUCCAAUGCGACUACUACGCAUCCAGGAGCGUAUGCAGUGGCCCCCAGGAAUUCAGGCAAUGAAAGUACAGCAGAUGACCAAGCCACAACUCCCACAGACAACAAUAGUGGAUUGGCAGUGGCGAACCGGGUGAGAGAAAGUCAAGAACCUGCGCAGAUUGCUAGGCCCAGCAUUAUUUUGCAUGAUAAUGACGGAUCAACCUCUAUGACUCUCAUGAUCUCUGUGCUCAUAGGUAGCCUUCUCAUUGUUGGAGUGACUGUUGGUUCCAUCUGCGGAGCUGGUCUCUGCAGCAACAAAGGAGUUGAUGUGGAGACUCAGGCUCCCACUUCCUUUCGAUAUUUUGUUUUGGAGGACAUUCAAAACAUAAUUGAAGAGGCUUUUGGACCUGACUAUUUUCCCAAAACUGAUGAGCCAGAACCCACCGAGCCAAAGUUCAGAGCUCUUGAUUGGAUUGUGUUUGCAGAUCCCCUGCAGCUCGACCCAGAUGCCAACAAUCUUCUUCAGAGGUUCAUCGUGGUAUUGACUUACUUUCAAACAUCCCGGGAGAGUGACUGGCGCGCCUGUGCUCCACCUACAACUGCACAGGGUGAAACAUGUGAGAUUCAAAUCGUGAGUUCCGGAUCAUUUGCAAGUAGGUGGCUUGCAGGUGCUCACGAAUGUCAAUGGGCAGGAAUUUUUUGUGACGGAGAGAGGACCAUUACGCAGUUUCAUCUCAGUUUUAAUGGAUUGAAUGGCCCUCUGCCCACAGAACUUGCAAGUCUUCCCGCACUGGAGUUACUAGACUUUUUUGGGAACCCACUGACAGGCACAGUUCCAAUCGUAUACGGCAGCUUCCUAUCCCUUUCUGCACUUUAUCUGGCCCACUGCCAACUGUCUGGAAGUAUUCCGUCUGAAUUGUUUGUUGGAAACAAGCUCUCUGUGUUGCAUUUUGCAAACAAUUCACUAACAGGGACAUUGCCCACAGAAGUUGGACUCUUUGAUGGGAAUAUUCUUGGAUUUGGUUCAAACAGCUUGUCCGGUUCCAUUCCUACAGAGCUCUUUCAGACUGGCAACCAAUCCACACUUUUGGUUUUAAUGACAAUAAGCUGACAGGAACUCUACCCACCGAAAUCGGAGCAUUGCAUGGACUUACGAAUCUCAUCUUCUUUUUGAAAGGGAACCCCUUGAGCGGAACCAUCCCAUCCGAAGUGGGACUCCUGAAAGGCUCUCUCAGAGCCUUUGAUAUCAGUUGGACCCACAUGGACGGCUCCCUGCCGGAGGAACUCUUUGCGAAAUGUACCAAUUUGAGUUUGUUCCAGGCCUCCAACUGUGGCUUGACUGGGACCAUCAGCACUGGACUGCAGCUUUUGACAAAGCUAGAAAUCUUUGACAUUUCCAACAACAAGUUGACUGGGACCAUCAGCACUGGACUGCAGCUUUUGUCAAACCUAUACAACUUUGACAUUUCCAACAACAAGUUUCAUGGCACCAUCCCAACACAGAUGUCUGCUCUAACAAAUCUUCGCGAGUUUAUUGUGAAUGGGAAUGACCUUUCUGGUUCCAUGCCAUCAUCUGUCUGCACUCUGGAAGACCCUACCAAGGGCACAUUUGAAGUGGCAGCUGACUGUUUGCCAAGGGAUGGCACAGGCAAUCCCAUGGUAGAGUGCUCUUGUUGUACUAUGUGUUGUGAUGGUGACGCUGCUGACUACUGUCUGUCCAAGUAGGGUUCCAGUGACAAGCCUAGCCAGGAUAAAAUGGCCCGGGGUUUCUCUUGGAGCGAGUCCGCAGCAUGCAACGAGAGAUAGGAAAUCUGCCAAGAUGUUCGUGACCUCAGCUUGUAAGUUAAAAAUGGCCACCAAUGUUCAAUGAUAUAGCUAGCAAGCCA